GACCAGGACCAAGCCGAAUCAAAGGCCCGGCCACCAGUGGAACUCAGCCUCCGGCUGCAGCUGAUAUUUGUGACUCCAACAUGGACUUUGAUGCAGUCACCACCUGGCAGGGACAGAAGCUUUUCUUUCAGAACAGCUCUGUGUGGCAGUUUGACCCCCAGAGUCGAACUCUUCAGAAACGUCUCAUCACAGACAUCUGGCCCGGAGCUCCAGGCAGCGUUGAUGCUGCUGUUGAGAAGCUGAACGGCACCCUCCUUCUCUUUAAAGACCAUCAGGUGUGGGCCUUUUCUGGCUCUAACCUUGUCCAAGGCUAUCCAAAAGAUCUGUCCUCACUCUGCUGCAGCUUUUUGACCAAAGCUGAUGCAGCGAUGUACGACAGGCAAACUAACAGAGUUACUUUGUUUCAGGACAAGGCUUUGUGCAGUUUUUCUGAGCCGUAUAGUCGGCCGUUAUAUAAAA